AUGGCUCGGGAGGUCACGGUGGAUGAGAUCUCGGAUGAGUCUAGCUUUUAUGGUGAUGAUGAUUCUGAUGAAGAGGUCAAGCGAUUAGAAGGUCUAGUCAGGCAUUACGACGUCAACUACUACUGGAAGAGGAUCCAUCCGUACGAAUUCAAUACGAUUCGCUGGAAAGCGCUAAAGGCGCAGCAGAAGGCAGAGGCGGAGAAGAGUUCGACAGAGACAGAAAGCGACGACGACGUGAUGACUGAUGCCAGUAUCAAGCAAGAGGAGGACGAGCCGAAGGACAAGAAUAAUGCUUUGCCGAGGAGUUACAGUUUUCCUCCACGAGACUCGACAUACUCGAAGACCAGUCCCCCCUCUGCAGUGAAGACAGAGGAAGGUUCCAGAGAUGGCGACACGGUCAUGACGGAUGUUUUCUCCGGGGGCCACCGAACAUCAUUGCACACAGCGACAGGAUUGACGCCCUCCAACACCCCUGCCGAUGCGAUCGGGCCGUGGAUCUACGUCGCGGCACCGGAGCCAAGGCAUAUCCAGGCGGACACCGCGAGACUGGUGGCGGAGGGGACCAGGGCUCUUCAUCGAUAUGAAAAUGACAAAGCCGCGUUGCAGUUGCAGCGCGAUACUGCCCCGGCUGGCUCCCGGCAGGCGGCAGCGCGGGCGUUGCUCCGUCGGCGCCAGGAGCUCGAGAGGGAAUUGUUUGUGCUGGCGAGGCAGACGGGGGUGGUGUCUGGGAAGUGGAUGCUGUUCAUCACGGCAGAUCGGGUCGAUGAAGUUUGGGCUGUGGUCGCUGAGGCGACUGUUCGCGGAGAGCUGGGGUUCGGGGCCAAGGUCGCAACAGAUGACGGACAGGGGAGAGCGCGACUGAUUGCCAUAUACACCCAAGACCACGAGGAUCGUGAGGAUGUAGCCCGGGUGCUGAAGAAGAUGAUAGAGUUGCAGCUGGUGAAAGAAGACGAGAAGCCCAUUUACUACAAGUGUGAUGCAUUCACACACUUGGAGAUCAUGGCAAACAAUCCCUGGGGACUGAAGGCGAGUCGGUUCUCGAGUCGGGAUGUGUUGCGAGGUGAGAUGUGAGCUGCGGUAGAGUUGCUGGAUAUUCUUGUGUUCAUACAACACUGUACAUAUAUGGGCAAUUGUGAGAUAAUGAAUGCAUGAAGUCAUGAGCCUGGCAGACCGAGCAGGCUGCGAAUAUGUCCUGGUUCCACAAUCAUGGUAUGAGAACGGGUUCGCGGUGUCAAUAGCAUCUCAAUCUCAACUCCCGACGACUUGGUCCAGCUUGUCGUCCAUCGCUGUCCCCCGCUUGAGAGAAUCCAUGGUACUCCGACUCCUGACAAGCAACGGUCGACCAAGUGCGUGUAGGCGAUCGUCUAGCUCAUCUCAAGAGGACUCAUCCCCUCCCUCCAGCACCUUCUCACAAGCCUCCCGGACCUCAGCAACACCCUUAACCCCCUCCCACUUCCCCAGCAACU